UUAAAAAUUCUGCUUAUACGGUAUUAGGUAUUACAUUUGUACAAAAGCAAUGCUUUGUUGUCAUGAAUCAAAACAGCAGCAACGGUACAUAUUUCCUAUCAUAAAUACAUGUUAUUUUGUUUAUUUCACAGGCCUUGUUGGUAAUUGUUUUAUACACCAUACUAAGGAACCCCUGUGUACAAGAGUGCCUUGGACCACAAAAGCGAGCCUACUCCAUGUCUACUGAAAAUCUACAGCAGAAUGGUAGCCUACCAACAGAUUUCCAUCAUCAUACCUUUACAACAGAGAUAGGCAGCCUGAAGGGCUCUACUGCCUCUGUAGUUAAUGAGGAGUGGGAGAGAGAUUCUACAUUACCAUCUAAAUCUACCACAAUGAAAGUGAAAAGAACACUGCCCUCUAGUGGCAAUAUUUAUGUGACACCGCCAGUGUUGGUCCGUGACGGAACAGAUGAUUUCCAGGACCUCCUACAUGCAUUAAAAACACAGGAAAGCUCUAGUGAUGCAGACAGUUUGGAGUCAGAAAAGAUCUCCGAAAUCUCAAGCAAAGUAGACCGAUAUGAAAUGCGAAGGAUAUCAAUAGCAGAUACUCAUUUAUGAUAAAAGACAUAUAACAUGAUAAUCAAAAGAUGAACAUAUGAUGGUCUAUUUUUCAAUGCAUGUUCAUCAAGAAAUCAUUGAUCCCAGUGAUUUAUAAAAUAUAUAGAUAUGUGUAUGCUGUUAGAUGUUGUAUAUUUAAUUUUUAAAUGCGUACUUUACAUUUAAUUAUUUUAUUUUGUGUAUUUAAAUUGAAUUUUGAUCUCAAUGUUAAUUAUGUAAAACAUACCAAAUCAUGAAGUUU